ACUGAACACACACACACACAACAUUACAUCGCGAAAUAUAUCUGUGGUCAUGUUGCUCAUACAUAUGCUUUCGGCGUAUCUUAUGCUUCAUGUCGGUCACUACGCUUGUGCACUGGCGAUAGACGCGGGUGAAGUCCUGCAGUAUAGACCACAUACUCUCAUAGGUAAAACAAUACAGCAGCCCAUGCAAUCGCGAGACAACGCACAGGUCACACCGAAGUUGCUGUCAGAUGGCGCACGAUUCUACAUCAAAGACAUACAGGGCCUAUGUUUAACAGCGCAUGGAGCUUUCAAAGGUGAUCUAAGUUUGAGUGCAUGCGAAGAGCAACAAAAUAAUAUCUGGACAUUUGUACCCGAUGCGGAGGUGAAUGAGGGUUAUGAGAUACGAGUUAAGAAUUCUGAUGCAUCUUACGAUAACGUGGAGUGGUGUAUGUACUUCGCGGGCAAUGUUGCCUUUGGCGUGGAGAACUGCGAUGGGCUAUACAACAGAGACACGCGCUUUUUCAAGACCACCAAAGUGGACACGCUUAGUAACAUUGAGAAUGUAGUUGCCACUAUCACUUUGGAAUCCGCAUUCAAUCGAUUUGAGAUGCAGUACAAUGCACAUUGCCUGGUUUCCGAUCCGUGGAAUGCGGACGAGCUCCUGAAGCUUGGUGGAAUGAUGUGCUCCACUCCUGUCGUCAAAGAACGUCUGUGGCAUCUGUUUGAAGCCGCAGUUUGAUUUUAUACGACGCUAUAUAUAUACAUAUAUAUAUAGAUGAGACUUUCACAAAUAUCAAGGGAAGUGUUAGAGCAAAACAGCCCUCAAUGACUUCGGGGCAGACUUGCAAAGAUCGCAGCUUGCAAUGUGUUUAGGAAAUAGCAGACGAGAGGAAUACAGGGGUUUACGUGAAUGCAAUUCAGCACGCAUGGAACCGCAAAGAAACUCGGUCCCACCAUAAAUUCUAAACUGAAGGCUAUUGCAGCCGUUCGAUAUCGAAAGGUGUAAUGCGAGCCUAAUGCGAUGUGUUGCCUCGCAACAUACAGAAUACCCUAACAUGAACAGGCAAACGGCAAGCCUAUGUGUACAACAAUAACCGGAACAAUAUAUAUAUGGAACAUUUCACACGGAUGAGUGCCAAGUAGACGCAUAGUGGCUUAUGAUUAUAGUUCCAGCAGAUGAGAAUCGACUCAAUCAAUUCAAAUAAACAUAUAUCAGCUACACA